GAAACCAGGAAAAAUUCCACACAAGUCAAAUAUCCACAAAGGGAUUAAAGGAUCACACCUGCCAGCUUUAUCUCCCUCUCUGUUUCUUUCUUUACACGCAUAUAUUGUUUAUAUUCAACAAAUAAUAUUGCAUGGAGCAAAUGAAAAAUAUGGCUAUCAGUAUCAGCUACAUCAUCUCUAUCAUCAUCAUCAUCAUCAACAACCUCUGCUGCAUUCCUAAUGGCGACCUGGUCAGAAUAAUACCAAGUAAAACCUCCCAAUUUCUAGUUUUCCUUCUCUGUUUAUUUCAAGUCUUCUACCAGACUACCAUUGGUGUGUUUUUCUCUCUACCCAUUUCUCGAUUCUUUUGUUUUCAAGUGGUUGGAGGUUUUGCUCGCACUGGUUUUCUUGGAGAUGUUUCAGGAUUCUGUUGUUUUUCCCAUUCUUGGGAUUCCUAAAACAAGAACUGUCACUUUUGGAGCCGUUUUGCUUGUGUGGCUGUGUUGGUCUCCACUCCUUAUUGAAGCACAAGAUGCCGUUACUGAUCCUUUAGAAGUGAGUGCACUGCUUGAUGUGAAGAGCAAUUUGAUUGAUGUCAAUAAAAAUUUGAGCAAUUGGAAUAGUGGGGAUCCCUGCACAUCAAUUUGGACUGGAGUUUUGUGCUUCAAUACAACAUUGGAUGAUGGCUAUCUUCAUGUUAGAGAACUGCAACUAUUUGGAAUGAACCUGUUGGGAACUUUAUCACCAUCACUUGGUCGCUUAUCUCAUAUGCAAAUAUUGGAUUUUAUGUGGAACAAUAUAAGUGGGAGUAUACCAAAGGAGAUAGGAGACAUCAAAUCUUUGGUACUCUUGCUUUUGAAUGGAAACAAAUUAACAGGUCCUUUGCCUGAAGAGCUUGGCAAUCUUCCAAACUUGAACAGAAUACAGAUUGAUGAGAACAAUAUAUCAGGAUCCCUCCCUGUGUCAUUUGCAAACUUGAACAGUGCACAGCACUUUCACAUGAAUAACAAUUCAAUUAGCGGGCAAAUCCCACCAGAACUGUCAAGAUUACCAAAUCUUCUUCACUUCCUGCUAGAUAACAAUAACUUAUCUGGACAUCUGCCACCAGAGCUUUCUGAAUUGCCAAAGUUAUUAAUACUUCAACUUGAUAACAACAACUUUGAUGGGGCAACAAUUCCAGAUUCAUAUGGCAACAUGACUCAACUAUUGAAAUUGAGUCUCAGAAACUGUAAUUUGCAAGGUCCAAUCCCUGAUCUGAGUAGGAUAACAAACCUUGGAUAUAUAGACCUUAGUUCAAACCAGCUAAAUGGAUCCAUACCUACUGAAAGGCUUUCUGAGAAUAUUACAAACAUUGAUUUAUCUAACAAUGAUCUUACUGGAAGUAUUCCUGCCAACUUUUCGAGCUUGCCUAAUCUUCAAAGAUUGUCAGUUGCAAACAAUUCAUUGAGUGGCUCCAUUCCAUCUACCCUUUGGCAAAGUCAGACUUUGAAUGCAUCUGAAAGGCUUAUCUUGGAUUUUGAGAACAAUAGACUGACAAACAUUUCCGGUGAUGGCACUAUCAGUCUCCCUCAGAAUGUUUCACUAUGGCUACAAGGCAAUCCUGUAUGCUCAACUUCCAACCUGGUUCAAUUUUGUGGAUCUCAAAAUGACAAUGUAGACAACCAGGGUUCGGCAAACACUACUGAGGAUUGUCCCCUUCAAGCCUGUCCUUAUACAUAUUCCCCAACAUCUCCUGUGCGUUGUUUUUGUGCUGCCCCUCUGACUGUUGGAUAUCGAUUGAAAAGUCCUGGAUUCUACGAUUUUUUAGAAUACAAAGAGCUGUUUGAAGUGUAUUUGACCACUGGUCUGAACUUGGAGGUUUAUCAGCUAUACCUUGAGAACGUCCAAUGGGAAGAUGGACAUAGAUUGGAAAUGCAACUUCAGCUAUUUCCUCUCUAUGAUGCUAGCAACAAGAGUUCUCAUGUCUUUAAUGCAAGCGAGGUUCUCCGUAUCAGGAGCAAGUUCACCGACUGGACUAUACCUGAUAGUGUUAUAUUUGGACCUUAUGAGCUUCUGAACUUCCCCCUGUUGGACCCUUAUAAUGUGUUUAUAACCUCACCAUCAUCAUCUGGUAUCAGCAAGGGUGCCUUGGCUGGCAUAGUAUUGGGUGCAAUUGCUGGUACAGUUACAUUAUCUGCAAUUGUUUCACUUAUUAUCCUGAGGAGAUAUAUGAGAGGCUACCGUGCAAUUUCAAAAAGACGUCAUGCAUCUAAAGCCUUUCUAAAAAUUGAUGGCGUGAAGGACUUUAGUUAUGCUGAAAUGGCCUUGGCUACAAAUAAUUUUAAUAGCUCCGCUCAAGUUGGUCAAGGAGGAUAUGGAAAAGUUUAUAAAGGCAUUCUUGCUGAUGGCACGGUUGUGGCCAUCAAACGUGCUCAGGAGCAUUCUUUGCAAGGUGAGAAGGAAUUCUUAACAGAAAUAGAAUUGUUGUCGAGGCUACAUCACAGGAAUCUCGUUUCUUUGGUUGGAUACUGUGAUGAAGAAGGUGAACAGAUGUUGGUUUAUGAGUUUAUGUCAAAUGGCACCCUUAGAGAUCAUCUUUCUGCCAAGUCUAAAGAACCCCUGAGUUUUGCAUUGAGAUUGAGAAUUGCCUUGGCUUCAGCAAAGGGCAUCCUCUACCUACAUAAAGACGCAGAUCCCCCAAUUUUCCACCGAGAUAUCAAGGCAAGCAACAUAUUACUCGACUCUAAUUAUAAUGCAAAGGUUGCUGAUUUUGGACUUUCAAGGCUGGCUCCAGUUCCUGAUAUUGAAGGUUCGAUCCCAGCUCAUGUGUCCACAGUAGUAAAGGGUACUCCUGGUUACCUUGAUCCAGAAUACUUUUUAACACAUAAACUGACAGACAAGAGUGAUGUUUAUAGCCUUGGUGUUGUAUUUCUGGAGCUGUUGACAGGGAUGCAACCAAUCUCGCAUGGAAAAAACAUUGUCCGAGAGGUCAAUAUUUCAUACCAAUCUGGUAUGAUAUUCUCUGUGAUUGAUGGACGUAUGGGUUCUUAUCCUUCCAACUCUGUGGAGAAAUUCUUGAAUUUAGCAAUCAAGUGCUGUGAGGAGGAUACAGAUUCAAGACCUUCAAUGGCAGAUGUGGUCCGAGAACUUGAAACUAUAUGGCUGAUGGUCCCAGAGUCUGACAAGAAAACAACAGAUACAGUUAUCAGUGAUCCUGAAAAGUUAGAAAGUUCAUCACCAUCUUCAUCAUCAAUGGUGAAGCAUCCUUUCAUGUCGUCUGAUAUUUCCGGUAGCGAUCUCGUGAGUGGAUUUAUUCCUAGCAUCACUCCCAGAUGAAUGGCACUGUGGGAACAUUUAAUAAGAACUGCUGACUAUGAAGUGCCUUGGUGUACUUUGUUUGUAAAGGUAAUAGAUAGACUUGAUGUUAAAUAUCUGAAGUGAUACACUCAACCAAUAGUAUUACAAAAAUUAAAACUUAAAAUUAUCUUAAAUUGCCACGUAAGUUGUAAGUGGUUAGUUUUAAAUUAUAUGAUAAUUUUGUGAUUGUGUUGGUU